UUUAAAAGGGGACUUCAAAUCUGUGCAUGUUAGAGAUAUGAAGUCAUUAGCGAACCAUCAGAAUUCUUUCAGCUUCAGAACUACACUAUGCAGCCUUACUCUCAUAAUUUCUUAUAUGUCCAUGAGUGUCAACUUCCUUGCUGCGAUCAACGAUGAUAAUAAAUCAAGUGACAGACUGGCGCUAAUUGCAUUUAAGAAAGAAAUAACUGAAGAUCCACUCGGAACAGUGAGUUCUUGGGACGACAAGAAUAAUUCUCUUCAUUUGUGCGAGUGGAGAGGUGUUACAUGCAGCCGUCGUCAUCCUAGUAGAGUCACCAUGAUUGAUCUUCGGUCACAAAGUUUGAAAGGUUCCAUAUCUCCUCACAUUGGAAACCUUAGCUUUCUUCAGGUCCUCUUCCUCCAGAACAACAACUUAAACGGAGAAAUCCCAAAGCAAAUUGGUCUUCUUAUUCGACUGAAACAAUUGGGUCUUACAAAUAAUUCUUUGGAAGGAGAAAUUCCACACAAUACUUCUCAUUGCUCCAAACUCAUAUCCUUCAGUUUUUCUGGCAACCAUCUUGUGGGAAGCAUUCCAAGUGGAUUAGGCUACUUACCUAAUCUCAAAAUGAUGUGGCUUUCUUAUAACAAUCUUUCUGGAGAGAUCCCAACUUCAUUAGGUAACCUUUCAUCAACUCUUACUCAUCUUGCUCUUUUUAAUAACAAUUUGGAGGGAAGAAUCCCAAACUCUCUAAGUCGAUUAACAAACUUAAAAUUACUGGUUCUAGAAAUGAAUAGGUUAACAGGUACUGUCCCUUCUUCACUCUACAAUAUCUCAUCACUUGAAGUGUUUUCAGUGAUGAAUAAUCAACUCCAUGGUAGUAUUCCUUUUGAUAUUGGUUCGACACUUCCAAAUCUAAUCUAUUUUUCAGUUUCGGGAAAUAAUUUCACCGGAAACAUUCCAAGUUCAUUGUCCAAUAUGUCAAGGCUUGUCAUGCUCCAAUUCCAAAUCAAUAAUUUGGUUGGUUCCAUACCUUAUAACUUUGGUAACUUAAAAAGUCUUGAAUUUCUUGGAUUAGGAGAAAAUUAAACUUGGAAGUGGAGAAGCUAAC